AUGAUGGAGGUAGAUAAGCCAAAGAAGAGAAAAGGGUCAAAGCAUGACAAGACAGGCUGCUUGACCUGUCGUUAUAGACGGAAGAAAUGCACCGAGAAUAUAUAUCCCAAUUGUGGAACGUGCAUUCGAUUGAACUUGGAAUGCAUUCGAGAUCCCAUUCGUCGUAUCGUCCCACGUCCUGGCCACGAAAAUAAGCAACCGCAGUUGGCUCAGCAUCAACCGACUCUGACUACGCAACUGGCUCCGUUACCGCUGAACCUGAACUCUCCCAAGAGACGCCAGGCGAUGAAUCACUACAUCACCGUCCUCUCAGAACUCUUGACUAUAAGUAAGAGCAAUAACUCAUUUCUAUCUGACUUUCUUCCUCUGGCUAUGGAGUCACCAGCACUCGCUGAAGCCCUCAUUGCAUACUCUUCUGGCCACAUGUCGCAUUCGGACCCAAGCUAUACUACCGUAUCCCUCGCAGCACGGUCUAGAGCCUUAUGUGAACUGUCAAUGACGAUCAGCCGGCCGGACCAAACUGCCUCAGUCACUGAAACCGCAUUGUCCGCUUGUCUCAUUCUCUUGACGUCCGAAGUGUGUUUGGGAAGUCACCAGAGCUGGUACAACCACCUUGUCGGCGCCAAACAUCUCAUUGCGUGUGCUCAAAGCCAGGCUGAUGGGUCGCUUGUGAAGGGAGCUCAGGCACUGAGGUUGACAUCAGAGGGGCAAUGGAUUCUGCGCAACUUUGCGUACCACGAUAUCAUCGGUAGUGUGACACUGGGAACAAAACCUUUGCUUUUUCCUGACUAUCUGAGGGAUAUUACACAUGAGUUUGAUACGUACUUGGGUGUUGCCUCACAGAUUCUUGUCUAUAUAGGCCAAACAACCUAUUUGGAUCCCAGCACGACCGAUGUUGAGAUAGACAUUCGCCCUUCAAGGAAUUACCUUAGCGUCGAGCAUGAUAUCGAAACCUGGACCUGUCCUGCUGGAACUCCACCAACCCUCCAAGCUGCAGCCUAUGCAUACCGCGGUGCUGCGCUAAUCUAUCUCUACCGACAAAUGCGCCGUCAUCUUGAAGCAGAUCCUGAUUCUUUUCUCGCCUGUGGGACGUCAUUGCAUACAGUGAAUGAUAAACUUCAGAUGGCCGUGGAGAAUACUUUGGGUAGUAUUGGGCAAGUACCCGAGAACGACGUUUCGGAGUCCUCGCUGCUGUUUCCUCUGUUUAUUGUUGGAGGCGAAGUCGAACGUACUGAUCAAAUGGAAUUUGUUCGAGCAAGGUUACAAGUGUCAUACAACAAGAGAAAAUUUCGUAAUAUUUCGCGAGCAUUAGAAGUUCUAGAGGAGCUGUGGGUUUAUCGCCAGAUUCAGGAUGUCUUGGGCGGGAACCGACCUGAUUGGGAGGUUAUUUUGAAGUCUAGCUCAGAGCCACUACUUCUGACAUGA